AUGUUCUUCAGACCCGAAGACUCAUCGGCGGUCCGUCUGGCGCAGCUGUCAAAAAUGCCGACGAACAAGGAUCAGGGCAUUCCGGUGUGCGAGAAGAGCAACUCGUACGAGAAUGUCACCGUCCGGCGAUCCACUCUUAUUCCGGUCAGUUUUGUCUAGUUUUGAAAGGUUACCUCGCGUCAAUUUUGCUUAUUGCAGAAAGAGCAAAAGAUGGCUCGUGAGAUGAAAUCGAAAGAGGACAACUCGAAGGACUACGACCGGAAGGCGUUGUCGAGCGAGGAGCGGCAGAGUGCGCCCGAAACACGGAAGAAGAAGUCGACGGAGAUGGCGACGGCUCGAAUCGGAGCACAACAACAACAACAGAAGGAGAAUAACAACAAUAAUAGUAAUGAAAGGACGAAAAAAAGUCGGUGA